CUGCCACGGAGACGCCAUCUCCAGGGCCGCGUUUCCGCCCCAGCCCGAGGCGUGCGCCGGGACUGACGCAAGUACAGCGCGCCGCCCUCGUGUCGCGCCACUUGUGACGUCAUGGCGUCAACGCAGAGGUCGAAAGGAUGUCGAACCUGGGACAGUAUGACAUGGACUUUUACCAAUCUAAUUAUAUCAUUGAUAAUCAGGAGCAGAGUUACAAUGAUUCUUGCGCUUAUGGAAAUCUUUCGGGAUCCAGACAAACUCAAGCUACUGAACAUCCCCAGCCUUCCUCUCCAGUUCCACCAGAGAUGUUCCUGCCACCAGGUUAUACAGGGCAGCUUUUUCAGCCAGCAUCCAACCCAGAUUAUUACUCACAAUUUCCCUCAGCUGACAGUUUUGAUGAAGAACCUCCUUUGCUGGAAGAACUUGGAAUUAAUUUUGAUCACAUAUGGCAGAAAACCUUGACGGUGCUAAACCCAAUGAAGCCAGCAGAUGGCAGCAUCAUGAAUGAAACAGAUCUCGCAGGACCCAUCCUCUUCUGUGUGGCUCUGGGAGCGACACUGCUUAUGGCAGGAAAAGUCCAGUUUGGUUACGUAUAUGGCAUGAGUGCCAUUGGCUGCCUUGGGAUUCAUGCCUUGCUGAACUUGAUGAGCUCCUCAGGGGUGUCCUACGGCUGUGUGGCCAGUGUGCUGGGAUACUGCUUGCUCCCCAUGGUCAUCCUGUCCAGCUGUGCAGUCUUUUGUUCAUUGCAGGGUACUAUUGGAACUGUGGCAGCCCUGCUCAUCAUCACGUGGUGCAGUCUCUCAGCUUCUAAGAUCUUCAUUUCAGCCUUGGCCAUGGAAGGACAACAGCUGCUUGUUGCUUACCCCUGUGCCUUACUUUACGGGCUCUUUGCUCUUCUGACAGUUUUCUAAAAUGCUUUAUGUGGCUUUGCAAGAUCCUACUUGUUUGCCAUUCAGAUUUUUCUGGAAAUGCAUUAGUACUCAAAUUCAGUGAGAUAACUUCCAUUUUAUUGCCAUUGAAAGAAUAUUAAGCAGAGACUCAAAACAGCACUCAAAGAUAGUGCUCUAAUAGCCUGUUUGGUGGGGGCGAUGUUUUGGUUUUUCAGCUUGGAGCAUUAAAACACUUAAAAUAUUUUGAAAUAUUAAGAGAUACAGCCUCAGUGCUGUUUGAUGUUGUUUUCUUUUUUUUCUCAAUAGAAAUGUUUCUGAGAAAUUGCAAGUAACAUACCAUAUUAUGCUUAACAUGUAUUAACU